AUGAGCGAAAAUGCCGUAGUGCCGAAACUUCCCGCCGAAAAUGGCAUCCAUGUGUGGAGGACGGCCGUCAUUAUGCCUUUCAUCACUUUCUCCUUCGUAGCAGCAAGAUUCUACUGCCGAUACUACAUAGUAAGGAAAUCGUGGACCAUAGACGACUACGUAGUUGCGGGGACGAUGCUCACCGUUAUAGCACACGCCGUGCUGAUGGCUAAUGCGACAUACCACGGUAUGGGUUUACACAUAUGGCAAUUUACGCCCGAACUGAAUUCAGAAUACUAUCUCUGGAUCGGCAUAUCAUCCGAAUUUUACGUAUUAAGCCUGGCCGGUUUCAAGAGCGCGCUGUUGUUAUUAUACAUACAGAUCUUCGGAGUCAACAAUAAGUUCAGGAUAGCUUGUUAUAUCACCUUAUUCUACACUCUCGGCUACCUAACGUGUAACGCCCUUACCGAAUUUCUGGGUUGCCACCCUAUCGCGAAGAAGUGGGAUUCGAAACUACCUGGACACUGCAUAAAUACUGUUGCGGCGAAUAUCGCGUAUGGAGCGGGACACAUGACAAGUGAUCUCAUCAUCGGCAUUUUACCCCUAACGAUGAUAUGGAGGUUGCAAUUCCAAACGACGAAGCAAAAGAUUGGCCUUAGUCUUGCGCUAAGUAGCGGCUUGGUUGCUUGGAUGGUUGCCUGUGUCCGCUGGGCCAUCUCGACAUAUAACAUGCUAAUCUAUGACCGUCCUUGGUGGGCCGGCAUCAGCUUUACCUUCUCCAUUCUCGAAGUUAACACAGGUCUCAUCUGCGCCUGUGCAGCAACCUUCAGUCCCCUAUUCAACGUCUUCUCCUCACGCCUCAAAACAUGGACCAGUCGAGCAACCUCAAGCUGGAGCAACACCACCCGAAAAGCAUCAUUCAGCUGGCCCGGCACUCGAAACGAAAAGGAACCCCGUUCAUGGCGACAACCCAGCCUCCCUGGUCCUACUCCAGAUCCUGUAUCACCACAACUACCUCACGCGCGCAUGGGGCGCGCCACUCUAUCAAAUGAUAGUCUAGAAGGUAGUUCAUAUAGCAUGGAACCAAUCGUAACCUCAAACCCAAUGCCAAGCGUGAGAUCCGAUGACGACGAAUUUGCGCAUUUCGACCUCCAUGGGUUCCAAGCCCUACAUCCCGAAGACGAUAGGCGGAUAGUGUGA